UUACUAUUAAAAUACUACUCCCCAAAUAAUAAUAAUGGCUUUUCUAGAGUGGCGCAAAUUCAAUUUCUUCAGCCUUAAGCCCAAUAUAGACGGGAACCGCCUUUGCGACCAUUUUAAGGAAAGCAAAAUCACUUGCACAUCAGCAGGAAAUAACCACCUAAUUUUUGGAGAUUCCUUGGGCCAAAUAUCAUUGGUUUCCAGGUCUUGGCACACAGUCACUUACCGGGCUUAUGAGAUUUCAAUCGAACUUGCUUACCAAUUGAGAAACUCACCUUUAUUGGUUACAAUAGGGCAUGAUGAGCCAGGUGUAAACCCUCUAAUAAAAGUCUGGGACACGAGCAAAUUUGACAAAAAUGGGACGCCCUUUUGUCUUAGGGUCACUAAAGCCCUUGCAAGGCAAGUGAGUGCCUUAGCUGUAAAUGACAACCUCAUAGCUGUCGGAUUUACUGAUGGCUCACUAGUCUUAUUUAGGGGGGACAUUUCAAGAGACAGAAGCUCCAAACAGAAAAUCUUUAAAGAAUUACAAGGCAUUACAGGCUUGGCAUUCAAGAUUUCAGCCAACAAUAGUUUUCUCUUUGUCUGCACUGAAAGAGAAGUUGUAGUUUAUAAUAUAACCAACAAGGAUAAAGAGCAAAAGCACUUUCUAGACACUGAUGGAUGUGCCAAGUACUGCAAUGUAUUGGCUGAUUUCACUCAAGAGAGUAACUUUAUGGUUGCCAGAAAUGAUGCAAUCUACUGUUACACAUCAGACGGCAAAGGUCCCUGUUACGCAGUAGAAGGCGAAAAAACAAUCCUAGAAUGCUUCAGAAGCUACUUAAUCAUAGUGUCCAAAAGCACAAAAAAAUCCGAAGACCGGCUCACUGUAUUGGACAUUUACAACAAAUUCAUCGUAUUUCAAUGCGAAAUGUCCAAUAUACGAGCCAUUUUCCACGAAUGGGGCUCACUUUUCGUCCUCACCCGAGACUGCAAACUGUAUCAUUUAGAUGAAAAAGACUUGCAGUCCAAGUUGGCUUUACUUUUCAAGAAAAACCUCUACGACGUUGCCAUUAGGAUUGCUAAAAGCCAUCAAUAUGAUCUUGAUGGUUUGGUUGAUAUUUUUGUACAGUAUGGGGACCACUUGUGCGACAAAGGGGACUUUGCAGGUGCAAUUGAGCAAUACAUAAAGACCAUUGGCAAAUUGGAACCCAGCUACGUUAUACGCAAGUUUGUAGAUUCUCAACACUUGGAAAAACUAAUCAUGUAUUUGCAAGCACUUCAUAAACAAGGCCAAGCUACAGAAGAUCAUACCACAUUAUUACUCAAUUGCUACACAAAAUUAAACAACGCUAUUGGCCAACAAAGCGACAGCCUUAAGGAGUUUAUCCAAUCAAAAGAUGACAACUACGAUGUAGAUGUUGCAAUUAAAGUUUGCAGACACGGCAGCCCUGCAGAGGCCUUAAUGUUGGCCAAAAGGCACAAAGAACAUGAUUGGUAUAUUAAAAUUCAAAUAGAGGACCAUCAAAAGUAUCUAGAAGUUUUAGAAUAUAUAAGCAAUUUGCCAUUUGAAUUGGCCGAUCAUUACAUGAAAAAAUAUGGGCAAAUUCUAGUUAAACAUCUGCCCUAUGAGAGUACGCAGUUUCUGAAACGUCUUUGCACCAAUCACGAUUCGAUGCUCAGCAAAUCUGAUCCAGAAUACUUCAUUCAUUUAUUUCUUAACAAUUCCGAGCGUUUGGUUGAGUUUUUGGAGCAUUUGAUUGGAGAAGGGUGCGUUCUGAGUCCUUCCGUUUACAACACUUUGUUGGAACAUUAUUUGCACGUUUGGGCCACUGUCGAGGUUGUAAGUGAACGCAACAAAUUGACUCAAAAUGUCUUGGAGCUGCUUCAAAAUCCGGAUAUUAGGCUUGACAAGUCUCACGCUUUGGUUGUUUGCAAUAUGCAUUCGUUUAGCGAAGGGAUUUUGUAUUUGUAUGAAGAGCAAAAGUUGUAUCAGCAAAUUUUAAGAUAUCACAUUGCCAGGAAUGAUCCCAGCUCUGUGUUGGCUUGCUGUACCAGGUUUGGCCAUCAGGACCCAACAUUGUGGGUUCAAACUUUGUGGUCUUGCGUUAGAGACAACAAACAACCUUCCAUGGAUCUUUUAAAUGAGGUCCUAACAGUAAUAGCCAAAGAAAAACUAUUUUCACCUCAACUAGUAAUCGACGCAGUUGGCACUGGCAAUGCAAGCAUCUCAUUGGGCCACAUGAGGUCCUACAUCAUGAACGAGUUCCAACAAGAAAUCAAAAAGACCCAGGAAACAUCAGAGCUCACCAAAAACUACCAAAAAGAUACCGAGAAACUCAAAAAACGCUUGGACGAACUUCGCAAUGGGGUGACAAGAAUACAAGGGUCUCGUUGCGCCGCCUGCCAUCGUCCCUUGGAAUUGCCCAACAUCCAUUUCCUGUGCGGACACAGUUUCCAUCAGCAUUGUUUCCAGAGUUUUUCCGACGACGAAAACGACUGUCCCACUUGCCAACCCGAAAACAAAAACCUAAUAGAGCUUCUAAAAGCAAGAGAAUACAACAAAGACUUGCACGAAACUUUCCAUUUCCAACUUGAUAAGGCCCACGAUGGUUUUUCAGUUGCAGCUGAAUAUUUUGGCCGGGGGGUUUUCAACAAUUACAAAAUCCUAAUCGAACCUGAAUCUAAUAAGCCUAAAUUGGACAUCUACAAGCCUCCAAUCACUGAAGGAAGGCUGAGAAUUGCUGAAGGGAAAACACCAAAAAUCGUGGUGGAUCAAAAUGUGACGGAAGCCCGUUUGCGCCAAUCAGAGGGCAGAAUCAGACCACAAAAGAACCCAUUUGAUGAUUAUGACGACAAAAUGAACCCGUUUACUGAGGAUUUGAACCCGUUUGAAUGCGAUAAAAACUUGAACCCUUUUAAUUAAUUAAAUGUACUAAAUUUAUUACAAUAAACAAUUUAUAAGCAUCCUGGAAAUGGAUCGGCCCUGUUUUUUCUUAGGACAAACUUGAUUUUCCUGUCCAUGUCCUCGUUGUAGAUUGCUUUGCAGCGUUCAAAGUUGAUUCUUCUGCGGAACUAUUUAUACAAUGAUUAUUAUUAGUACCUAAUAAUUUAUACUUAGUAAUUUUACCUGGAAAGGUUUCUCAAAGUACCGGGUGCGUCGGUACUGAUCCAAGAUGUCUUCUUUGCCUAAAAUCCUAUUUAAAACCCUGCAUGCGGCUUCCACGUCGUUGUUAUGCACGAAAAUCGUACGUGCAAUAAAACUAGCGUGUCUCAUUAUUGCUGAAUUCAAAUACACUGAAAUUGAAGUUUUC